UGGUCUGAUGGGGAACUCCUCUGCCUCCUUCAUGGGUACGUUCCUGGCCAGCAGUCUGGGCUCGCCCUCCCACCCCUCUCACCCCUCCCGGCCCCCCUCCUCGCCCGCUUCACCCGGAUCCUUCCGUGGUGGGCCCCACUCCAGCGCCUCUCAGAUCUGGUUCCCUCACUCACACGAAGCCCCGGGGUAUCCUCGAUUCUCAGGGAGUCUCGCCCAUACCUUCCUUCCCAUGAGCCACUUGGAUCACCAUGCCAACAGCGGCGUCCUCUACGGGCAGCACCGUUUCUAUGACACCCAAAAAGAGAACUUCUAUCUAAGAAGCCUUCCGUCCCAGCCACCUCUCAUCUCAGCCAAUCACGGCCUUCCGCCCAUCUCCAGGGCGGGGCCGGGGCACCCACAGGGCUCCUGCAGUCGGGACAUGGACCCAGGGGGCGGAGUCAGCCUACACAAGGGCCUGAAGGAGGGGUCCGUCGAGAGAGGGGUGGUCCCCAGCACCAAGGACAAGGAGAGGCCCAGCAGCAAACAGGAGGCCAAGGAGCGACAGCAGCACCACAGCCACCACCCCCAGCCCUCACAUCCACACCACCACCACCCACACCCUGGUCACACACAGCCCCACCCCCACCAGCAGCACCCCCAGUACCCCCAGCACCCGGUCUCCCUGGAGGAGGUCAAUAGCAGAGCCCUGGAGAGGCACAAGGCCGCCCUGGUCAUGGAGCACAAGGAGCACCAACAGGCCAUGGGUAUGGCCAGACCCCUCAGCGCCUGCCUGCUCAACGGAAAGAUGCAGAACGGGGGGGACUCUGGGACGGGUGGGGCCAAGGCUUCCAUGACUAGCUAUGGGGGGGAGGUGGUGGGGAGCAGGGGGGCUCAGACACAGGUCAGCCACAGACACAUGGGGGGUGGGGGGAACGUCCGCUGCACCAAGGAGGGGGUGAGCGGCGAGAUGAGGAUCAGCGAGCAGCCUUCGGACUGUCUGGAGGGGAGGGGCCAGAUGCUCCACCACGCCCUGCCCUACUCUGUGGCGCCGCCCCUGCAAAUGGGUUCAGCCGGUGGGGGAGGACACCCCCACCUCCACCCCCACCACCACCCUCACCCCCAUCCAGGGGGUUUCCACUGCCUUCAGCUCCACCCCAGCCAUCCCCAUCACCCCCACCACUCACACCCCCACACACACCACCACCCGGACUUCUUCUGCCCGCCUCCGCCUGCCCCUCUAACCAACCCCUCGCCGCACGAGAGGGGAGGGCCGUCCAGCGGGGGAGGGGGAGGGGGGCGAGACCCCAAAGUGACAGGGCCCACGUUCAUACCAUCUGUAGGGGGAGGACACCAGGGGGACAAGUCCAGCGGGCAACCCUUCCAGAUGGGCACACCAACCGACUGCCAGGGGUUGGUGGGUGGGGGCGGCAGUGCCAAGGACAAGGCUAUGGAGAAGAGUGGGGGAGGGGGGCCCCCCAGUAACUGGCACAGGAAACAGCAACAACAGCAGCAUCCAUACAGAAAGGCUGAGAAGCAACAACCCCAGCCCCAGCAGCCUCAGCCCCAGCAGCAGCAGCCUCAACCCCAGCAGCACCAAGCCGUGCGUUCCCGCAGCGUCGAGUGCAUCAAUAGCGUGGGAGUGGACACCACCGAUGUGUUCCGGCCCUCUCUUCCCCAGGGAGCCAAGGCCGGACACUCCCUCCCCCACUCAGUCAACACCUCCCCCUACAGGGACUGCUCCCUCCCGGGCCCCCUGCCCAACGCCUCACCCCUGGGAGGUCGGGGAGGUGCAGGCGGUGGUGCUGGAGGUGGGAGCUGUUCCUUACAGAGAGAUGGUCAGAAGGUGGCCCGUAUCCGCCACCAGCAGCACGGCGGGCCUGGCCCGGACGCCCCAGCAGCAGAGCUGAACCAGAGCAACAAACAGAACCAGGACCAGGACCUGAACAGGAAGCUGGAGAUGGAGAUGUCCCCGUACGGCUACAGCAACAGUGGGCAGGGGCAGCAGCAUCACCCCCAGCAGCCCCCGGUUCCCCCCUGGGCCAUGAGGCCUCACCACGUCCACCCUGCAGAGGAGGAGCAGCAGCGUAAGGCCUACAUGGAGUCUCUCAGUGGGGGAGGUGGUGGUGGUGGCAGGCAACAGCCCCAGCAACAACCAGGGCAAGGUAUGGGCCUCCCUCCUCAUCCUUCUCCCCAGCCCCAGCCACCUCCACCCCCAGCCCCCUCUCAGCAGCAGCAGGACCCCCAAGUUGCCUCACAGGCCCAGGGGGAGAGCAGUGCCAUGAAGAGCCUUCUGAAGUACAGCACCCAGCAGCAGCCCCUGCUCCUCUCCCAGAAGAGUCCCUUCGGAGGCCUGGGGAGCCUCAAAUCCGGUGGCACUGGUGGUCCUGGAGGUGGCAACCCUGGGGUUAGCUGCACCCUGCAAGGCAGCAAACAACAACAGGCCCUGCCCACCAGGAAGGGCCCGGCCAAUGACGGCGAGCGCUCUGACUGUGGGGGGCGUGGCCGGGAGGUGGGCGAGGCAGCGGGUCACGGCGAGGGAGAGGUGCGCCAGCCGCCUGUGGGCAUCGCAGUCGCCGUGGCGAGGCAGAGGGAGCCGUCCUGUCGCCCGGUGGACGCCCUCCCCAUCAGCCGGCAGGGGCGGGUACACCCCUCCGUGAAAGGACCUCCUCGCUCCAUGUACCCCUCAGACCCUGCAGGAGAGGAGGAGAGGAAGAGGAUGAGUGCAGAGCGGAUGGGUCUGACCUGCCUGGACCGAGACAGAGAGGCCUACAUCAGGGAUAAUAAGGAUCCAGUGGAAUUCACAAGGAUCCAUCCGUCCAACAGCUGUCACGGUGACAUCACCUCUCACCUCAUGGUGCCGGGUGGGGCUUCUCUACAAUCUGGCCAAUUAGGAGACCCCUCUGCACACGCACACGCCCACUCGGCCCACCACCAUUGGAUGCCAAGCACUGGAAGCCCCUCCAUCUGGAUGACAAGCCACUCCUACGGAAUCGGCCACUCAGCCCUUCACCAGAACCUCACCCCAGGUUUCUCUGCAGCCAUGCCAGGGUCUCUACAGCCUGUGCUACCUCUGCCCCAGGACCCGUCUACCCAGCUGGUGGUGCUACCCACAGAGCCUGCUGCCCACCCUGCCACACAUCACCUGGAUGUGAUGGAGCAGCCUGGGCUGUGGCCCCCUGUGUAUGGAGCCCGUGGGCCCUCCUCCCACAUACACCCACAACACCCCGCGGUGUACUCCCGCUCGCAGUUUCUACGGCAACAGGAGCUGUACGCUCUCCAGCAGCAUCAACAGCAUCAUCAUCUGCAGCAUCAGCAUCAGCAUCAGCACCAACAGAGUCACCAGUCACACCCCCAGCCCCACCCCCACCCCCAGCCCCAGCCCCAGCAGCACCACAGGACAGCACAGACCAUGGAGCUCCAACACAGACCCAACCACGCACAGGUGCAGAAGAGACCAGAGGAGCCUUCAGUGGAGCUGGAGGAGCUGCUCUCUGAGCCACCAGGUUCUAAACCUUCCAAACCCUACUCCUCCUACCACAACCCCGCCUCCAACAGAAACACCCCCACCCCGGGGGCCUGCACUGCUCACCUGUCCCCCUGCUGCCAGUCCCAGUCCCCCUCCCUGCACCCCCACCCCAAGAGCACCCCCUCCACCCCCUGCCCCGCCCCUAGCCCGGCAGCCACUGCCCCUCGCUCUCCGGCCAUCAGUCCCGCCCCCCCACAGCUGGCAAAAGGUGCGGAGUCCCAGGACAAGAGAGGAGAGGGGCAGCCCCCGCAGGAUUACCCACAAUCCCUGGAGCCUGACUUGCCUCCUGGAUACACCUACCCUGCCAUCGCCAUGGGUUACAGGAGCGGCCCAUCCCCCCACGAUGUCCGAUUGGCCGAGCCAGCCGACCUGGAGGCAGUCCAGGUGGAGCCUGCUGAGCAUGCACCCCAGCCUCUCUCCAGCCUGGGGGCGGAGCUAGAGUGUCAGGCCGUGGUGAGGCCCCUCCCACACCAGGAAGUGGAGGAGGAAGAGGAGGUGCAGAGAGAGGACGUGGAAGCCGGAGUAGUAGCAGGCAGCUGUGGACCUCCAGAUCAGGAGCAUAGGGAGAAGCAGGAGGAGCAGGUGUUAGUGUGUCCUCCUGCGGAGAGCCCUGUGUGUGAGACCUCCUCCUGUCCCAUCCUCCUCUCUGAGGGGGAGAACCACAGAGCUGACCCCACCUCCACCCUGGAGGAGCAGGAGGAAGAAAAGUGCCAGGUGGAGAGAGGACAGCAGCAGGAGGUGGCAGGACAACAGGAGGAGCCAGAGCAGGGCUCCACCAUCAUCCACCUGGACCCUCCCUGCCCUGCCCAGCCCCACCAGGAGGCACACACUGAUGAGGAGGAGGGAGGAGAGGAGGAGCAGGAGGAGAGUACCCCUAAUAGUGACAACCACUCAGUAGAGUUGUUGUGCCUCUCCCCCUCCUCCCCCGCUCCCUCUCCCUCUCCAUGCCCCAGCCAGUCUAUCAUCACCCUCUCCACCUCCCUCAAACCCAUUGUGCCUAGUUACUGGAGCCUAGAGCUGCUGAUCGCCGCAGCCUUCUGCGCCGACGUCCCUCCCUUUCCCAUGCUGGCCUCCAGCACCCUCCAGCCCCAGGCCUGCGACACCCAUCCCUGCCCCAGCCACCCCCACCACGGCAUGGAGCUGCUCAGCGAGCUGGCCGACCUGGAGCUCCAACAGCACCGACACAACACAGGAGACAGCCAAGGAGACGAAAUGUUGAUCUUUGACCUCCAGAGUCUUGCCACCCUGGCAGCAGCCCGUGCCUUGGAGAUGGGUGCCCAGGAUGCUAGCGGGGCGGGCGCCGGGCGGCACUGCCCGGCCCGCAAGACCCUCAACCUGCGCAGGAAAUGCAGCUGGACACCUCGCCACGAACCGGCGUGCCCGGCCAAGGGUGCCAUGGAGAGGAUGGAGGGUCCUGAGCUGGCCAUGCGGGUGAAGCUGGCAGAGCUCCAGAGGCGCUACAAAGAGAAACAGAGGGAGUUAGCCAAGCUACAGAGGAAGCAUGACCACCAGAAGGACGAAAUACCUCGCAGCCCUGCUCGUAGAGGACCGGGGCGGCCCAGGAAACGUAAAUCAACCCCCACCGCUGGCCCAGGCUCCUCCACUGAGACCCAGAGAAAAGUCAAGUGAGUGUGUGUGUGUGUGUGUGUGUCGUAAGGCUGAUCUCCCUCUCUGCCUGACCGUAGCCCAAACACACUGAUAAGCCUCCUACAUAUCACUGCAAUCCAGGAGACUCAUGCCAUCGACAGGAAAUGGGAGAACCCAGCUGACCCCUUCAAGGAAGUCCAGUUUAACCUAAUCUUAACCUAAUCAGCACAGAGACU